AUGGUUCACUUACUCUAUGAACAUCCAAUCGGUUAUAUUCUUUUGACUGCCCAAGAUAUUGAUGCUUUAUCUGCCACUAAUAUACUUAAGUCUAUUGAGAAUUACAAUGCAUUUAUUAAGACAUUCAAAGUAGUAGGCACUUUACCACAUAGUGAUUUUACUGAAACUCAACUGGAAAUGGAAAUGGCUGCAGAAGGAAAGAUCUCAUCUCGACUAGUUGAGUUUUUAAGAAUCAAUAAUGUAACAAAAUUAGCAGCUGAUAAGUCUUAUGGAUUAGGCCUAAAAGAUCUUGGGAUUAAGACUGUAAGUGAAGAGACUUCAAUUGAGUUACUAAGAGCAGUACGCAAGUUUAUCAACAAAGUAGUAGAUAUGGAUGAGGCUUCAACUCAGAAGUUAGAGCUUAGUUUAGCCCAUGCUAUGUCCCGGAAGAAGGUUCAUUAUGAUAGUAAGCGUGAAGACAAUUCAGUAAUGCAAUGUAUUUCUUUGAUUGAUGAGACUAAUAUUGAUAUUAAUGAUUAUUAUAUGCGGAUUCGGGAGAUGUAUGCUUGGCACUUCCCAGAACUCACUAGUAUUUGUACGGAUGCCGGUGAGUACUUAGAAGCCUUAGAGACAAUUGGCCAAAGAGAAACUGCUGAUCGCAAGGCAGUAGAGGCUUUGCCUAGUGGAACUGAGAUUUUAGCCGCUAUGGAUUCAACUAUUGGUGGAGAUUUAUCAGUUGAAGAUUUGACUAAUAUUAAAGAUUUAGCCGAGAUUGUAGUGGAGAAGAUCACUAUGCGUAACAAAGCUAUUGCUCAUUUAGAGACUAAAAUGCUUACAGUGGCACCUAAUUUAGCCGCUUUAGUAGGUAAUAUUGUGGCUGCUCGUUUGAUUCUUAAGGCGGGCGGUUUAAGUAAGUUAGCUAUGUGCCCGGCCUCUACUAUUCAAGUACUUGGGGCUGAGAAAGCUCUUUUCCGAGCUAUGAAGUCUAAGGCUAAAACUCCUAAGUAUGGUUUGAUCUUCCACUCUUCCUUUAUCAAUACUUGUGCUUUGAAAAUGCGAGGACGAAUUAGUAGGUAUCUUAGUGCCAAGUGUGCGAUUGCUAGUCGGAUAGACUGUUAUUCUGAUGACAUUACGUCUGCUUAUGGAGAAGCCAUGAAGGAAAUGGUUGAAGAAAGGUCGAAAGGACAGAGUACCCAUCAUAUGCCGACUGAUAUGGUUCUUGCCCGGGUAACUCAAGAACUUGCCUCACAAUCCCAGCCAUAA